AUGAUAAGUGAGUCUAAACUCGAAUCUAUUCUCUCUCUGCUCAGGCGAUUCAAGCCAUUCAUCAAGCAAACAAAAAACGAUCCUAGUAUUGAGGAAAUUUACAAUAAAUUUUCACUCCCUCCAAUCUUUCGCGAAGAUAUUCAAGAAUUAGAACAGUACUCAGACAUAAAUUUGAUUAAAAGGCUUUUAACAAAGCGAAGUUUGUACUAUAAUCGAUUUUUCAUCAGCGAAAUCACAAAAUUAGAUUUAAUGCCAGAUCAAUUAGUUCAACUUCCUAAAAUCUCAGUACUAAUAGCGAUGCAUUCGAUCAUGUUUAUCUAUGCUAGCGACUUAAAUCAAAUACAAGAUCAAUACGAAAUGCUUUUAGAACUAAAUUUUCGAUUGAAAAAAUUUUUGACAAAAAUUGAAUACGAAUUUCUCGUUUUCGGAAUCACAGAAGUGUUUGCUAGAUUCAGCAGGAGAUUGUUCCCAACAGACUACAUCGGUCCUAUCUUUGACAGAGUUUCUUUAUACGGUUUUAACGCAGCAACUGAAGUUUUACUUAAUCUCAUUAAUUUAUCAAAAAGUGACAUCAAAAAUGAAGAAAUCUUCCUUCAAAACUUUCUUCUUGCAAGCAUCAGCAACAACUCAGACGAUAUUGCUAAAGAAGACUUCUCAAGAAUCUCCAAAUACAUCGAAUACUACUUGAAAGAUUUGACAACAGAAUCUUUGAAUUUUCUGACAACUCUAUCGUCAUUUAAAGUUGAUGAAAACCUCGAGAACUUGUUUAUUAAACUACCAAUUUACAUGCAGACGAAACUUGAUGAUUCCAAGAAAAUCGAUGUCUGGAAGAUAAAAACAAACAAUUUAAGUGAUGCUGACAAUUCAAAACCAGGAAUGCAACUAGAAAUGUCUUUAUUUGAUACAUCAAACCUUCCAACAAAACUUACACCAUCUUCCAGUGAAGAGUUUGAGUUAAAUUUUGAUUUCGAGAACAUAAUAACACAACGAGAUUUAAGUUUGAUAUCAAAGAUCACUUCAACAUUGAUGUGUUGUCUCCAUGAAUAUACAAAUGACUUUUUCAUUGCUUUUUCUGGUUGUUUUAUUCAACCUUCUGAAUUCGAAAUAUAUUAUUACGUUAUUUAUCUUUACAUUUUGUCGAAAGUUCAGAACGUUGCUCCUAAUAAUCGUAUUGUUCAAUCACUCCUAACAAAAAAAGUUUGGACACCUGGUAUAAGUAUUUACAAUAAAAGUGACACAAACUUUUCAAUUGUCACUUUUUUGAGACAAAGUGUUUUACAAGUAAUAUCAACUAAUUUCCCGAAACUCAUAAAAGAUCUACUGAUAUCGUUGAAACAGAAUCCAUUUUUAUUUGCUGAAACACUUGGUCGAAUUCAUGCAAAACUUUCAAGAUUUGAUUUAUUGACAUUAUGUGAUGAAAUGACAUUGAGUUGUAUAAUUGAAGUUUUAUCGAAUCUCACGAAAAUGCUGGUAGACAGAAAAGAUAUUGAAUGUACAAUACACGAGGCGAGAUCAACAAUUAUUAUCUUUAUUUUCGCAAUGUUAGAUAAUCAGACGAUAGCUUUACAUUGUUUCACUUCACAUGUAUUUUUAAUUGGUUUUCUUUCUCGAAUUACAGAGAUUUCUAUUCAAGCAUCUUUAGUUAUAUCUUUAAGACAGUUUUUGUCAAAUUUUGCUGAUGAAAACAUUUCACUUUUACAACCUGUUUCAGAAUUUAUUUGUGGAAUUAUUGAUAAAAACAGAAUGUUACAAACAGAAGAUGAUAGAUUGACAUUGGAUUUGUUGAAGUCGAUUAAUGAAUCAAUAACUCAUUCCAAGUUUAUAACUACAGUGUUUAGAGAUAUUCCUCAAUACGCUCUGAAUUAUUUGAUAACGAAACCAUCUGUUGAAUUGUUAAAUGUCAUUUUAUCUUUGUAUCAAUUGAUGCUUACAAAUUUGAAUGACUUUUCUUUUGAUUUAGAUACAAUUCACAAAUUAUCAGAUGUCAUCAAGAAAAUUGGUAUUAAAAAUGACAGCCAAACAAUGCCACUUUUACAGAACAUGAUGGCGAAAUCUAAAUCUAGAAAUGCAGAUGUUCUUUUCAUUAUUCAUGAACCUUCUGUUAUUUUGUUGAUUUUCUCAAUAAUUUCUUCAAAAAGUGAACUGGAAAAAAUGUUAUCUUUCUUUUUACAGCUUUGUAAGUUUUGUAUAUACAAUUGCCAGAUGUGCCACAAAGGCGCAUUAGAUAAAUUACUUCUAACUUAUUUGAAGAAUUUGUCAAAACCGUUUGUUUUCAGAGGAUUUACAUUUGAAUUUGAUGUUUCCGAAGAAACAGUGAAAGAAACAAUUUUCCCAUUGAUUAAUAUAUUAUUUGUUACUUCUUCUAAUGUACAAAUACCAAGUUAUGCAAUAGAUAUAUUAGUUCCCGAUUCACAAAACAAAUUUUGUAAAUAUUCACAAGAAGUUUUGAGUUUAUUACACAGCGCAUUAAGUGUCAUUUCUUCUGAACCAAAAAUUGAUUUCAUGUGUGGAAAUCCAAGCCAAAACGUUAUCUACAAUGAUUUCAAGAUGAUGGACAUUGCUGAUGGAUUCACAUUUAAAUUCAAGAUCAGAUAUGAUAGUCCUUUAAGUGUUAUUUCAAAUUCUCGUCCUUUGAUUUUUUCAAUUUCUGACAAUGAAGAAAUUAAUUUCCAAGUUUUUAUAAGAGGUGAUUCUUUGAUGUGCAGAACAUAUUUGUACAAAUCAAAGUCAUCGUCAAUUGCAACAUUAAGUUCUUCUUUAAGUCACGAGAGAUGGCAUAAAAUAGCUUGUAAUGUUACGUUUUUGGAAGGAAACAUUGUAAAUUUAAGUAUAAUUAUUGACAACAAAAAAGUGAAAUAUUACAAUAUCAAUUUUCCAAAUUAUAUUUCUAAUGAUUUGAUGUUAGAAUUGGGAGGAUUUUGUGAUGAAUCAUUCGACCAAAAUGAAAUAGAAAAUGAUUUCUUCUGCGCUAUUUCAAAACUCAAAAUUUAUGGCUGCAUUAUUAAUUUGGAUCAAAAUUUCAGAGAAUACAAAGAUAAAAUAAUUUUCUCAAAAGAAAAAUUUGACAAAUGUGAAGUGACUUUGAACGGAAUGUCUUUUCCUAAGACAAUUUAUGAUUCUUUCCUUUAUUGUGGAAAUAUUUCUUUGUUCAUUCCUCUUUUUAAGUUCAUCAAUACGAUGCCAAUUCACUUUUUAGAAGUUUUGAUUGAAAUUUUGACACUUUUAGUUUGUCAUUCAGUAGAAAAUGAAAAAUCAUUCAUGAAAUACAUUCCUUUGAUUGCGAAUUAUCUUUAUGAAUCGGAUUUAUCUUAUACUAUAUUUUACAAAUUGACUUUGUUCUUUUCAAGUUUGAAUUAUCCAGAAAUGAUUGAAAAAUUUUUAGAAGAAAUAAUUUUCAAUUUCGAAAUUUGGUCAAAAAUUGAUGCCCAAAGUUUACAAAAAAUUGUUUCAUAUUGGAGCUCAUUAGUUGAUUAUCAGAAGAUCAUUAACAUCUCUAAUUUGAUUCCUAAGAUGAGAAUCUACUUCUAUUACGAACCAAUUGAAUCAGAAUUAAUUUUCAAACAAAGAGAUCCGAAUUUAGAUGUUGAAUUUUGCCGAAUGAAACUGAAUUCAUUGAUAUUGAACUUGAACUUCACUGAAAAGGAUUAUUUGUUGAUAAUAUCUCAUUGUACAGUUUGCAAAGACAAAACACAAGUCUUAGAUCUCUUGAAACUCUUGUUGAAUCUAACAAGAAAGAAUCAAAUUCAAAUUCCAAAUGAUUUUUGUCACUUUUUAUUUUUAGUUUUGAAGCCGAAUAACGACAAAAGAUUUUUACUCAUUGUCAAGUUAAUGUGCGAAAUAGGUGGCGAAAAAACAAUGGAAUACUUGAGAUUUAUAACAAUGAAUGUCACUUUUGAAGGUUUUGCCAAUAAAACCGUUUUUUCAAAACUUCUGAAGAAAUUAACGAGAUAUCCAAGUUUAAUUGUUCUUUUGAGUUGGAUGUCAAGUUAUUUAGGUGAAGAAGAGAUGUCAGAAUUCGCAAAUACAUUAAUAUCAAUUGAUCAAGUUAAUUUUACUGACAAAUUCUGGUUUUUACCAUUAUUAUUAGUAUAUUUCACGACAAAUGAUACAACAACUCGUGGAUCAAUUUAUGUUUAUUUGACUUUGCAGUUCAAGAAAGAAGAUGAAGACUCUGAAGGCUUUUUAACAUUGUUAUAUACUAUUUUAUUGAUUUGUUAUAUUGGAAAUUAUAAUAUUGAUUUGUACUUGAAACAAUUUUUGGUUGAUGUUAAUGAUAUCGAUGACAAAUUAGCUUGUGUGUUUUUGUUUGUUAUUUUAUAUCAUCCGAAUAUUAAUUGUUUCACGAAUUACAUGCAAUUGAUCUUUGAUUUCUCCAGUUUUAAUACUGAGAAAAGAGAAACAAAAACAGAAGAAUUUGGAAAACCGAAUUUCACUGAUUUCAUUUCAAUGAAAGAGUUUCUCAAUGAACCAAUAAAAUCUCCACAAUUUAUGUUGAGAUUGACAAGAGAAUUGAACUUUUUGAACAAAGAUUUAGUUCUUAAAAUUAUAGAGAAACAAACAGACAACAAAUUAAUGGAUCUUUGGUUGGAUUUCCUCACGAAAUUACUCAACAAAGAAGAAGAUCAAAAGAUGAACUUAAAAAUUCUAGAAACAGGUGAUGAUUUCCUUCAAAGUUUGAAAAAUACUGCUUUAGAUAACAUGGUUUUUGUUAAGAAUUCUCUUUUGGAUUAUUUAGAUUUGAACUAUGACAUUGAUCCAACGUUGAUAUCGGUACAAUCAACAAACAUUUCAAGGAUAAAUCAUAAUAAACAACAAGUGAAAUGUUGUGGCCAAAAAAUCGAAAGAAACUUAAUCAAAAAAUUCCAAAAUGGUUUCUCAAUUUGGAAUAAUUUCUGUCAUAAUAAGAUCGUACAAAAGAGAUCAAAUACAAUGUCAAAAUUCUUGACAUUUCCUUACUUCACAAAAACUCUUUCUUUCGAAAAUAAACUUGAAAAUGAAUUUUCUGAAGAAAAAGUGCCACUUUACAAAGCCGAUUGCAAACAGAUCAAGAUUUCUGGUGUGAAACCAGCCAAAUUAUUGAUAUACAAGGAUUCUGUUCAAAUCGUGAAAAUGACAUCGGUUAAAACAAUAAAAAUGUCAAAAAUCAUUUUUGUUUUGCCGCGAAAAAGAUUUUUGCAACCGAAUUCGAUUGAAAUUUUCACGAAAAAUCAAAGUUAUCUUUUAGAUUUUUCGCCACAGACGAACGAGAAUGUUUUGAAAGAACUCAAAGGAAAGAACAAAGGAGAAAUCAAGAAAUACACGAAACAGUGGAUUUCAAACAAUUUGAGCACUUAUGAAUACCUGAUUUACAUAAAUUUGUUUGCAGGAAGAUCUUUCAAUGAUUUCCAGAUUUACCCUAUUUUCCCAUGGUUUUUCCAUAAGGACCAAAAGAGAGAUUUCUCUAAUGAAUCUCUAACAGAUUUCAUUGCUUCAGAUAGAGCUGUUUUACCCCCAUUUUGUGUCAAAAAAUUGUUGACAAAGAAUUUGACAAAAAGUGACAUAAAUGAUGUGAUUUUAUUUCCUGAUUCCAUUUCUGAGUUAAUUCCAGAAUAUUUCCUUUGUCCUGACGUCAUUCCUGACUUUGAAGGCAAAAUAGAUUACGUUCUCAAAAACAUUUCUUCUCUUGAAGAUGAAGAGAAAAUUGUAAAUUGGAUUGACAACGUUUUCGGAUGUGAAAUGUCCAAAAAAUAUGGAAUUCUCUUCCAGGAACAAGUUUUCUCGAAACUUGACAAUCUGGAAAUGAUUAAUGAUGGCCUGAGACAAGGUGGACAGAUGCCAAUCCAGUUAUUCAAAGAAAAACAUCCGUUACGCGAUGUCAAAACCGUCAAAGUCAAAAAUUUGGAAGUUUACAAUUUCGGGACUUCUUUUGACUCAAUUUUCCUUGAAAAAAUGGAUGAAAACAAGAUAAGUUUCGUCUGUGUCAAAAACACAGAAAUGUCAAAAGCAACCGUUAACGUAUCUAACAGUAACGUUUCCUUUGAAAAAUACCAAUUUGCAGAAUUGAUAAAUUUGACCAAAAACGACAGAAUUUAUCAAAUUGACGAUGGCAUUUCUAUUUUCCGGAAUCAGCAACAGUCUCUUUACAUAUUGGACAGCACAGGAAACAGAGAAUGGAAAUAUAUUUUCAAUCCUUCUUUCGUAGAAAAUGAAAUAAUUUGUUCAAACAACGGAUUGUUGUAUAUCAAAGGCAGAUUCACUGUUUGUUUUGCUGAUGAGUUGCAGGCAUUCUGUUACAGCAAAAUACACAAAUUAUUGAUUGUUGGCACUUUGGACAAUUUCAUUAUUUGUUACAAACAAAAUGGAACUGUUUUGUUCUCAUUGAAAAUUGAUGAUUUCGUUGCAACAAAAAUUGCGAUUUCUGAUAUUUUUGGUUUCGUUUUUUGUUCGAAUUCUGAAGAGAUUGUUUUCAUUAGUCCCAGUGGAAACUUGAUACACAGAAUGAAGAUUAAUAUCCAGAUACAAGAGUUGGCUUGCGUUUCCACGAAAGGAAGAGAUUUCGUUGUUUCUAUUGACAACAAAGGAUUUCUCAGAAAAAUUAAUUAUUCUGACAAUUUGAUUGAGAUUUGCCAGACUUCUUUCAACUUUAGAGGCCCAAUUAAGUCUUGUCUUGCAAGGAAAGACUUCUUAAUAGCUCUCACAGAUUCUUCUGCUGUUUUUAUUCCAGCAGAAUUCUUUAUGUAA